CAUUGAUUGAUGUGGGGACACCAGCCACAAUGAGGAGCUCCGGUACCUUUCGGGCAUCCUUUCUCUCGAUUGUCAUUUUUCUCCUGCUGAUUCCUGAAGAUUUCUGUGUAGAAAUUAUUGGCGGAAGAGAAGCGAUUCCUCAUUCAAGACCCUACAUGGUACUACUUAAAGGAGGCGAAAUCUGUGGUGGGGCUUUGAUUGCAAAAAACUGGGUAUUGACUGCAGCUCAUUGUGUCACGAACAAACAGACCAAGAUCAUUCUUGGAGCUCACUCAAUAUCCAAGCAUGAGCCAGAAAAACAGACAAUGUCCAUUAAGAAAGAGGUUCCCUAUCCAUGCUAUGACAGUUACACACAUGAGGGUGAUCUUAAACUUCUACAGCUAGUUAAAAAAGCAACAAUUAAUAAAAAUGUGGCAAUCCUUCCUCUCCCUAAAAAGGGGCAUGAUGUAAAACCAAACACGCAGUGUCAAGUUGCAGGAUGGGGGUUAACUAAAAAUGCUAAAUCAACUGGUUCCGAUAUUCUGAGAGAAGUCAAUGUCACCGUCGUAGACAGAAAAACCUGCAAUGACGAAAAGCACUAUAAUUAUAAUCCCGUGAUUGGACUGAAUAUGAUUUGUGCUGGAAACAGCGCCGGUGGAAGAGACUCUUGCGAUGGAGAUUCUGGAGGCCCUCUGAUAUGUGAUGGUACUUUCAGAGGCAUCACUUCCUUUGGCAUUGCAGGAAAAUGUGGAGACCCUCGAAAACCUGGCGUCUAUAUACUUCUCUCAGAGAAAUACCUCAACUGGAUAAGAAAGACCACGAAGGGGGCAGUUUAGAUAAUAGUGUUUCAUUUGAUUUGCUGUCACUUUUUAAU